AUGGCGUCGGCGCCGGCUCCGUCGUCGUCUUCCUCCUCCCCCGCCGCCGGCGGGUCGUCGUCGUCGCCGGCCCAGGCGCCGGGGACAGGAGGAGGAGGUGGCGGCGGCGUGCCGUACCACCGGUCGCGGUUCGGCGACACGACGCUGACCAAGGUGUUCGUGGGCGGGCUGGCGUGGGAGACGGCCUCCGCGGGCCUGCACGACCACUUCCGGGACUACGGCGAGAUCCUCGAGGCCGUCGUCAUCACCGAUCGCGACACCGGAAGAUCCAAGGGAUACGGAUUCGUGACGUUCCGGGACCCGGAGUCGGCAAGGCAGGCGGUGCAGGACCCCAACCCGAUGAUCGCCGGCCGCCGCGCCAACUGCAACAUUGCGUCCAUGGGCCCGCCGCGCCCGUCGCCGUCGACCCAGCGUGGGCCCCACUUGCCGGAUCAGCAGCCCCCGGGCCCGCCGGCGUACGUGGGCGGCGGCAGGAUGCAGUCGCAGCACGGCCACCAGCAGAUGCCCACCCAGCCCCAGGCCAUGUUCUACCACCCUUCGCAGUACGGGUAUUGGUACCCACCUGAUUAUCCAUACAACCAGGCCUACUACAAUCCUCAAGUGCAACAGUACUUCUCGCAGUUAUAUGGUCAAACCUCUCCUUCAUCAACACCCUACCCGUACCUAGGGUACAUGCCUAGUGGCCAGAAUCCAAGGGCCAGUGGCUUCUUGCCGAUGCAGCAGGCUGGGCGGCCACCGUUCUUUCAGCAGCCGAUGGCGCAGCAGAGCGAGGGUUCUUUCCAGUCUGCGCCUUCGCUCCCUCCUAAUUUCAGACUCCAGUUGCCUGCUCGUGCAAUCUCAAGGCAGUCUGAUGAUGUAUCCGAUUCUCAACCUACAGAGACUAUCUCUGCAACCGAGGCUACAAACGAAGAUAACCAUGAAGUGUCAACGGCUGUUGAAAGAUCAAAUUCAGACCAAAACACAUCAAAUUGACCUGCCGAAGUGAAACCUGUGCCAAAGUGUUCUGAUGUCGACCUGGAGAGGACUGUUGGUGGUCCGUAAAGGAGCACCAAAAUACUCACUUGACUGAAAAAAUAGCAUCCAAAUAUUUGUUCUUUCAUUAAUUCUGAUUCUUUUCCAAUUUCUGUAAUGCAUUUAUUUGGUGAAACCAUUGUACGGCGAAACUGAAUUUCACGUCAGGAAAUGGAAUUUUACCACAAUAAGUUUCGGAGGGGCACACAUGCUGCUGCCUGCCGUCUUC